AUGCGCGUUUCCAUCUCCACCACAGUUUUCCUGUCGGAGGUAGCUUUAACAGUGUGCUCUUUGGGCGAUUUGUUCUACCCAUUUGGUAACGGUAGUGGCGAUAUCACCACUCCGGUCAGCGAUGAUGGAAGCUCCCCAAGCAUAUCUAUCUCAACAUCGUUCCCAUUCUUUGAAAGAUUCUACGACUCCUUGUAUGUCAACAACAACGGUGUCAUCUCCUUUGUCGUGCCCGUGAGCCAGUACACACCUACCACAUUCCCACUACCGGAUGGGCGCGCCUUCAUUGCCCCGUUCUGGGCAGAUGUAGACAAUACCCUGCGAGGUAACAUCUACUAUCGCGAGAGUACCGAGGAAGCGUUACUGCAACGGGCCACGGCGGACGUCCGCAAGUACUCACCCGGACUCGAAUUUCAAGCCCGCUGGGUGUUUGUGGCUACUUGGGAUAACGUUACUUAUUAUGGCUCCCGGUCCUCCAAGGUGAACAGUUUCCAGGCGGUCCUGAUUACCGAUGGGUUACAAUCAUUUAUCAUCUUUAACUACGGGAAUAUUGAAUGGACUACCGGAACAGCGAGUGGUGGCAACUUGUUGACCGGACUUGGCGGGACCCCAGCACAGGCCGGCUUCAACAGCGGGGACUCCUUGAGCUUUUUCACAAUUCCUGGGUCCCGGACGUCAGAGAUCAUCGAUAUCGAGACAACCAGCAACGUGGACGAACCUGGUCGGUGGGUCUUCAGGACGGAUACAUUCGAAGCACUCAGGGGUUGUAUAUAUAAUGGAAAGUACAUUCGGGAAAAUCAGACGGUGUGGAUCAAUGGAAGCUGCCAAACCAAAUGUAAUUGUUCCUCGGAGGGGUCGCUAACGUGUGUUUCUGAACCGUGCGGCGCGGUCGAAAUCUGCGUCCCUGCUCCACCGUUCCACGCCUGUCGCCCAGUCUCGAUGAAGACCUGCAACGUUUACGGAGACCCCCACUACUACACCUUCGACCAGAGGGUCAUCCACUUCCAGGGGACGUGCACCUAUGUCCUGUCCGAGCUGUGUGAUGAUCUGUCCAACCUGACCUACUACAGGGUGGAGGGAGAGAACGAGAACCGCGGGAGCGAGGCCGUAUCGUGGGUGAGACUCGUCCGUCUCCUGGUCUACGGAACUGAAGUUAUCAUGCUCAAGGGGACGACCGACUACGUCCUGGUGAACGGGACCCGCAGUUCCGUCCCGGUCUUCCUCGAGGACGGGCGACUCCAAGUCCGGACCGCCGGAUUCACUAUGAGGGCGACCGCGGACUUCGGACUGACUGUUACCUACGAUGGCUCCCACCGCGCAUCGAUCACCCUGCCCGGAUCCUACCACGGAGCCGUCUGUGGGAUGUGCGGGAACAUGAACGGGGACCCCUCCGACGACAUGCGCACCCGCAGCGGGAACCUUACGACCUCGCUGGGGAUAUUCGGGGCCAGUUGGAGGGCGGACGGCGGUAGCGGAGGGGACGUAUGCCGGGACUCCUGCACCGGCAGGUGCGGAGUCUGCCCCGAGGCGGAGCGCUACUCCUUGCCGUCCUCCUGCGGUCUCCUCAGAGCCCGGGCCGGCCCCUUCCGACUCUGCCAUGCCGCUAUCAACCCUCAGGAUUUCGAGCAGAGCUGCGUCUAUGACCUAUGCGCCACCGGCGGCCUGGAGGCCUCCCUCUGCCAGGCUCUCUCCAGCUAUGCCGAGGCUUGCCGCUCAGUCGGGAUGAGGCCAGAGCCCUGGAGGACCGAGACAUUCUGCGGCAUCCGGUGUCCAGCCAACAGUCACUAUGAGGCGUGUGGGAAUGAGUGCGGCCUGGAUUGUGUCUUCAGUUCCCCCUCUUUACACUGCAACGAGUCGUGCUCGGAAGGGUGUUUCUGUGAUCGCGGCUACAUCCGCGACGGGAGCGAAUGCGUCCUCCCGGAUCGCUGCGGCUGUUUGCAUCACGGUGUCUACAUGAAGUUGGGAGAGCGAAGCGUGUCUCCAGAGUGUGCGGAGGUGUGCCAGUGCUCGCAGGGAAGAAGGGUCCAGUGCGUCCCCUUGGGCUGCGGGGCCGGGGAGGUGUGCACCAUCCGCGGGGGCAGGAGGGGCUGCUUCACCGCCCAGGCCCUCUGCACUGUCACAGGCGGAGGGACCCACCUCCUCACCUUCGACGGCCGACCGGCCCGCCUCCGGGGUUACUGCACACACACGCUGGCCGAGGUCUGCUACAAUUCCUCCGCCCCCUGGUUUCGAGUGACGGCGGAGAAGUGGCAGGAGGGCGAGAUGGCAGAGGGUGUCACCCGUGUCAGGUUCCAGCUGGUGGGCGCCGACUUUGUACUUGAGAGGGGAAGGCCGCCGACGAUGAACGGGGCACUCAUCUCUCUCCCCUUCACCAGUCCCUCCCUCGCCCGCGUAUCCAGUGUGGGUGGUGAUGUCAUAGCAGUCACAGCGUCCCAGCUGGAAGUGCGUUUCGACGGGGAGGGGACCAUCUUUUUGAGGGUGGGGCCGUCCUACGCCGGCCUCCUGCGUGGGAUGUGUGGCAACUGGAAUGACGAUCCUUCUGAUGACGAUCUGGAGCUUUCCAGAAAUGGCAGCGAGCUCAGCUAUCUCUGGGAAAUCACCAACAGCUCUCAGAGAUGUGAAGAUAACUCCAACGUGACCGAACCUCGGUGCCCCCAGUCUCCCUCUUUUGAGUCCCUGUGCUCCAUCAUCCUCGACAUCGCCGGACCCUUCGCUGCCUGUCACCGUCGUCUGGACCCUGAGAACUUUUACAAGUCCUGUGUGUACGACCUGUGCCUCCAUGGCACGAAUGGUACACGGCUUUGCAGAGCCAUCACCACUUACGAGAAAGGAUGCAUCCUCGAGGGGGUGCAUAUUCCCGCCUGGCGCAAUCCCAGAAUUUGCCGUAAGAACUAUUUCUGUUCAUUCCUAUGUUCCAGAAAGUCUCCCGCCACAUGA